GGUUGCUGCUAAUGGGUGUGAGCAAGUUAGAUAUUCUGUACCGGAGACUACUUCUUACGAAGCUUUUUAUCCGAGGAUGGGGAAGACCUGAAGACCUCAAGAGACUCUUUGAAUUCAGAAAGAUGAUUGGAAAUCGAGAAAGAUGCCAGAAUCUGGUUUCAAGCGAUUAUCCAGUAUACAUCGACAAGAUUGAAGAGCAGUCAGACUGUAAGAUCCUGGACGGACACUUCGUUUCUCCCAUGGCGCACUACGUGCCUGGCAUCAUGCCAGCUGAGUCUGUGAUUGCAAGGUUCCAGUUUAUCGUGCCUAAAGAAUGGAGCAGCAAAUACCGCCCCGUCUGCAUUCACCUGGCUGGAACAGGGGACCACCAUUACUGGAGGCGACGAACGCUCAUGGCCCGUCCUAUGAUAAAAGAAGCCCAAAUGGCUUCUUUGUUGUUAGAAAACCCUUAUUAUGGCUGCAGGAAGCCCAAGGACCAAGUAAGGUCCAGCCUGAAGAACGUGUCCGACCUGUUUGUGAUGGGGGGAGCACUCGUGCUGGAGUCCGCUGCCCUGCUGCACUGGCUGGAGAGGGAGGGCUACGGGCCCCUGGGCAUGACCGGGAUAUCCAUGGGUGGACACAUGGCUUCCUUGGCGGCGUCCAACUGGCCCAAGCCCAUGCCAUUGAUUCCAUGUCUGUCUUGGUCCACAGCGUCUGGGGUCUUCACCACGGGUGUAUUGAGUAAAUCAGUUAAUUGGCGGGAGCUGGAAAAGCAAUAUUAUACCCAGGCAGUGUAUGAAGAAGAAAUUAUUCACAUGCUUGAAUACUGUGGAACAGAUUCUUUCAAGAUGGGACAAGAGUUUGCAAAACGCUUCUCUGGGAGUGCAGACAAGCUAACCAGUCUUAAUCUGGUUUCCAGAACUUUAAGCUUAGAUAUGACAGACCCGGUUGUGUCUCAAAAACCUGCUGAGUGCCAUAAUUCUAGUAAAAGGGCCGUCAGGGCCACAUCAGAAGGACUCUUACUACAAGAUACCUCUCAGAUGGGGUGCUUUGAUCACGCACUUUCAGCCAACAGAAGUAGUUACCCAAGUUUUGGCCAGCAGUCAUCCCACCUACUCAGUAAAGAACAAAGAAACAACAAUCUUCAGAAAGAAUCUUUAAUAUUCAUGAAAGGAGUCAUGGAUGAAUGUACUCACGUAGCAAAUUUCUCAGUUCCAGUUGAUCCGAGCCUCAUUAUAGUGGUUCAAGCCAAGGAAGAUGCCUAUAUUCCACGAACAGGAGUUCGAAGUUUACAAGAAAUUUGGCCUGGUUGUGAAAUUCGCUAUCUAGACGGGGGUCACAUUAGUGCUUAUCUUUUCAAACAAGGACUCUUCAGACAAGCCAUCUACGAUGCCUUUGAACGCUUCCUCCAUAAGUACGCUAACUGAUUGGAUCACUGUGUGACCCUGCGCCUGUCAUGUUUCUCACCAAAGGAAUGUUUAUCUCUGGUGAUGGGAAGAACAGACAGGCGGCACUGUGUGUCUGACGCUGUCCACUCAGCAAUGUGGAUCAGUCACCUCUAAGGACUUCAAGUACAUUUGAGAAAUUUUAAAACAGUAUUUGAAUGAAGUAAUGUACAAGUAUUUUUAUUGUUUGUUGAAAUCCUUAAUAUCUGGUCUGCUGUUACUAUUUAUGAAAACUUUACAUUUUUAAUUAUGAAUAAUUUACUCAUUUAAAAUAAAUGUGUUCAUAGAGAGCCUAUCAGUUUUUAAUAGAAUUGCUAAAUCAAACUAGGGUUGUAAUAUAUUAGUCUUACUGUAUAUCCUUAUAUGACAGUUCACUUUUGAUUUGGGAAACAUGUUUAUUUCUACUUUGAAUGAGUGGUGACUUUAUAAUCUGGUUUUUCACUUUAAAUUUCUGCCAUGGAAAUAAAUACUUUUGAUGUGUAAAAUCA